GGCGGUGGACGGUACUAAUACUAGCAACAGCGCGGUCGCGCACCAGUGACGUGCCACGCAGCAGGCGGUGAGGACGUGCGCGCCCUCACUUCUUCCUCUUUCUUGACUCCAUCUUCGCGGCAGCAGCCUCGGCGUCCGCGGGUUAGUCGCCAACAUGCAGCUCUUCGUACGCGCCCAGGAACUACACACCCUCGAGGUGACCGGCCAAGAAACGGUCGCCCAGAUCAAAGCUCAUGUGACCUCACUGGAAGGCAUUGCCCCGGAGGAUCAAGUCCUGCUUCUGGCUGGCUCGCCGCUGGAGGAUGAGGCCACGCUAGGCCAGUGUGGCGUGGAAGCUCUGACCACUUUGGAAGUAGCUGGCCGCAUGCUGGGAGGUAAAGUUCAUGGUUCCCUGGCCCGUGCUGGAAAAGUGAGAGGUCAAACUCCCAAGGUGGCCAAACAGGAGAAGAAGAAGAAGAAGACAGGCCGGGCCAAGCGACGGAUGCAGUACAACCGUCGCUUUGUCAACGUUGUGCCCACCUUUGGCAAGAAGAAGGGCCCCAAUGCUAAUUCCUAAGUCCUAUUGUGAUUCUGGCAGUCUAAUAAAGCCCCUUUCUCCAAACA